AGCCGAUUAGAAUCGCUUUCGAUUUCUCCUUCCUGCCUGGCUGCGGAGCGGGGCGGAGACCAGACUUACUCUCGGAGGCGCCGCGCGGCUCUUGCGCUCGUUCCGGACCAGGCGGCUGAGACUUCAUUGAAGGGAGAUGGCAGCAAACAUGGAAAAUUUGCCCGAAAACCUUCUGUUGGAUAUCUUCGUCAUGGUUCCAGCAAGUGACCUCAUUUGCAAUUGCCGGCUGGUCUGCUCUCAGUGGCGGGACUUGGUAGACCUGCCAGUUCUGUGGAAGCGCAAAUUCCAAAAACAGGACGACGACUCUUCUCCAAAGUCAUUGGCUUUCUACAUUUUCUCCCGCCUCAAGAAGAACUUAAUCAAGAACCCUGAUGGCCAAGAUGGCCUGGACUCCUGGGAAAUCCAGACACCUGCCGAGGGCCACUGGGAAACUAAGGAACUGUCCAUAGAAGACUCAAAAGAAGUCCAUAAGAGAAUCAACUAUUAUCCUAUGCAUUAUGGGGAGAGAGAUGAAGAUGCUCCUGUUCAGCUCUACAAAUGCUUUGCUGCACGUAACGGGCCCUGCAGCAAGUCUCAGCUCAUCACCUUGAAGGACGAGGGCUACUGGGACGAACUGAUGGAUGAAGGCAGACCCAUGAUUGUGGUGCAGGCCUGCUUUUCAAGUGAGUAUAAUUCGUGCUAUAAACUGACAGUGAAGCUGUUGUCUGCAGACUCUGAAGUCCUCAAAGAACAUCAAUAUGAAGAAGCUACCGGUAGUUUGUCAAUAUGGUUUCUGGUUUCACACACUUUUUACAACUACCCUCAAGGAGUCCGUUAUAUCCUCUUUGAACACAAAGGGCAGGAGGAAGUCUACCAUUCUGACAUCCUUAAUAAGUUCUUCCCAGAUGAAGGCCCAAGUGAAGACAGGAAGCCACCCUGGGGUGGGAUGAGGGUGUUGCAAAGCAGCAUCACACUUCACCCACCACGAAUGGCACGAGGAAGACGAUUACUACAACUACGACGAUUACUACAACUCCGACUCCAACGUUUUGUUGCUGUUGUUGUUUAGUCGUUUAGUCGUGUCCGACUCUUCGUGACCCCAUGGAUCAUAGCACGCCAGGCACUCCUGUCUUGCACUGCCUCCCGUAGUUUGGUCAAACUCAUGUUCGUAGCUUCGAGAACACUGUCCAACCAUCUUGUCCUCUGUCGUCCCCUUCUCCUAGUGCCCUCAAUCUUUCCCAACAUCAGGGUCUUUUUCAGGGAGUCUUCUCUUCUCAUGAGGUGGCCAAAGUAUUGGAGCCUCAGCUUCACGAUCUGUCCUUCCAGGGAGCACUCAGGGCUGAUUUCCUUAAGAAUUGAUAGGUUUGAUCUUCUAGCAGUCCAUGGGACUCUCAAGAGUCUCCUCCAGCACCAUAAUUCAAAAGCAUCAAUUCUUCGGCGAUCA